GUAUCGCUACUUUAUGUAGAUAAUAAAUAGCUAAAUUUAUUGUAGAAGUUGAUAGAUUAUGGCUUCCACUGCGCCCGGCGCGCCUAUUGCUAGUGCUACAUUAUACAUCGACCUGGGCACGGCGUACGUACGAGCGGCCGCAAAACUCUCCAAUGGCACGGUAAAAUAUUUGGAACCCAAGGGACACCAAUGUCUCCCGACUUAUUUGUCAUUACUCUCCAGCGGCAGCCAAUCCGAAACGUUCAUUGGUGAGGACGCUAAAGAGCUCUCCAGCACCAGCCUCCAUAAUGUUGCCUUCUAUCCAACGCUCUUCCUCCGCCCGGAAGCUAAUCCGUCCUGGUUUGGAAACGGGUCCGCUACCGUCACGGAAUUACUGGGGAAAUUUCUGGCUGAGCUGCGAAAUCUCUGUUGCGAUGAAAUCGGCGACAAUGUAGUGAUUACAGACUGCGUGAUAACGGCUCACAAUAUACCGCUGCUAAAGAGCAAACUACUGCCGGCGUUUUCGCUGACUGGAUUUCAACGGGUGGCAUUCAAAGAGCGGCAGCAAAUGCAAAUGUACGGAUUGCUGACAAAUUUUCCCGAACUGCAACGUGAUCGCACGCAUUUGGUGGUCAUCCGCAUGGGAGCGGCGUUUACCAGCCUCAGCGUCUGCGAACUCGGAAACCGUCAACACAAGGUCACUAUCGUCCGACCGGAAGAGAUCUUUGGCGGCAACGAUAUCGAUGUUUUGUUAAUGAACCACGCGAUUCAAGAAUUUGAAAAACUAUACGAAAUACGCGGUCAAAAUUAUUGCACCGAAAGCCUGCAUCGCCUACGCCUGAAAUCUGAGCAAGUAAAGAUCCAGUUGUCCACCGCCCGGGCGGUCACCCUGCAGGUUCGGCAGUUCCAUGCCGGGUGUGAUUUGGUGGUGGAGUUUACGGUGGAGAAAUUUCGGGAGAUUGUGGGUAGUGCGUGCUAUCAACUACUGCGCCGAGUGACCGACCGAGUGUUGAAUUAUAUCCGUGAGCUACGGAAGACGGUGCGGUACGAAGUGGUCCUGCUGGGCGGGACUAGUAAGAUCCCGUUAAUACACGAGAUGGUGACGUGGAUGAUGCGGCGGCCGCAUUAUCGAGCGCGCAGUGUCAUGGACACGCUGACGCUCAGCGGCAUGACUAUGGCGCACAGCGAAAAAUACGAAGAGGUCACAACCACGAAUGGAGCGUUGGCGCUACGCGGAGGAUUUCCGUUUCGAUCACGUUUUUCAUGCUUAUAAAGCCAUUACGGCAUUGUAACGUGCAUAACCAUGUUAAAUAAGUAGCAGUAACUGUCAUGGUUCACCUGAGCACUUGCACAUGAUCGACGUAACCGGACGUCUUAUGUUUUCAUUUUGAUAAAAUAUUACAAAAAAGUCAAAAUGAUUAAAGGUUGCCAUGCGGUUUGAAACACCUUCAUGACCUUACUGUACG